AUGUUUCCCGACUUAGCUGUGGCCUUUAUGGCCUUUGUCUUCAUUUUUGCUUUGGCCUGUAUACUGUUGGAAAGAAGAAACUGUAAUACUUCAGCAGCAAAAACGCCAAAGAGGAGGCCAAAAAGACGCAAAACAGUGACCAGAAGGCAUUGCGAAGAUCAUCACGGCUUUACUGGUCGGCGAGGGCCCGAAGAACACAGCGACGACGAAAGUUACAACCCGCGUGGAAAAAUAACCAGGUAAGACUGCCAAAUUCAUUUAAUGGUUAUAAUCACCCUUCCCUUUCGUAUUAAUAUCAUAUCGACAAACUAAUCGAACGACUGGCUGAGGAAAAUUAAAAGCUGUUUAAGGUCAACAACAGAGACACUUCAGAUCAACACCUACAAAUUUAAAGUUUGUUUGAUUUCCCGUGGACUUUUGACUAAGCGAAGAAUUGAAAAAAAAGAAGAAGAAGAAGAAGAAGAAGAAGAAGAGGGACAAAAGCGUUGAAAAGUCCUGACGUGGAGGUUUUUUUUUUCUUUUUUUAGAAUCAUGUGAACAGAGGAUUCAUGUAGCCAUGCGUAUUUCAAGAUAGACACAAAGAGGAACAACUGAAAUUGAACAAUCUAACUAGACUCUAACUGAAGUUAGACGCAAUAGUAAAGUUUACGUACAGUCUAACUAGAACCCCUGUUACCACUACUUGCCAAAUACUUGACUCAGAGAAUACAUUCAAGAUAAAUAUACUUGUGAAGGGAAAUUGUAAGGGCUGCUGGCACUUUUAUUCUUUUCUGAUUGGUUGUCAAUGACAUCACAGUAUCCGUAAAUGUCCGGGGACUCCCCGAGAUAUUGAGCCCAAAUCGAAAUUAAAUAUUUCCUUCUAUUUAAUGCAACACACGCCACUUUGGAGGUCUAAAUUUCGGAUACUGGGGAUAAAGAAGGCACUGACAAAGGAACUUUGA